AUGUUGCUAAGCUCAAAUUGCAUUCCGUCUCUUCCCCUUUCAACUUCAAGCCCUAGAUUUAGGUCUUCGAAACUCACCCCUGUAUCAGUUUUCCCUCUCACUCGUAGCAUUCGGGUCCCGGAAACUCAUCGCAGUUUCUCAACUACUAAGAAGAGGAAAAUCUUGUGCUUUAGGCAUGAAGAAUUUUCAUCAGGCACCCCAAAUCCCGAGUCUAUUGAGGAGGUUCUUCAUGAGGAGUUGGAGAAGGUGGAAGUUGAUAAACCAAAUGUUGACAAAAGAAAUUGGGUUUCAACUCUUGGUGAGAUUGCGGGUGAAAUGUUUAGAGUGAUUGGGAAACCAUGGACUGUGCCAUGGACUGCAGAGACCAUCCUACAGGUUACACUUCUUUGGAUCGUAUCAUUCUGGUUUGUGGGUUCUUGGAUGAUCCCAUUUGGAGCUCACAUCAUUGGCUUCAGCAAGGAAUCACUAACUUACAGAGGGCAGGCAUUGUUCAGCCUUCUGACCGAUGUAACUGAAGGUCUUGCUGGAAUUUUAAUUCUUUAUCAGUGUUUGUCUCGGUUCUGUCCCCUUCCAUCUGAUUGGUUCAGAUUUAGCCUUAGAGGGAACUGGCUUUUUGAUGUUUUUCUUGGAUGCUUGAUGUUUCCAUUGGUCAAUCGUCUCUCACAAUUCAACCUAGAUCUUCUUCCAGUUUUGCCUUCGACUCCUGUCACAUUCUCAAGUGUAGAGCAAUCAAUAGUGGCUCGAGAUCCAAUUGCAAUGGCACUUUAUGCACUGGUACUUGUUGUUUGUGCUCCUUUGUGGGAGGAAAUCGUCUUCCGAGGUUUCCUUCUUCCUUCUUUGACUAAAUACAUGCCUGUGUGGUGCUCGAUAUUGGUGAGUUCAGUCGGCUUUGCUUUGGUGCACUUUAAUGUACAGAGGAUGUUACCACUUAUUUUUCUAGGGGUUGUGAUGGGUGUAACUUAUUCAAGAUCAAGGAAUCUAUUACCAUCCAUCCUCUUGCAUAGCCUGUGGAAUGGCUUUGUAUUCUUAGAUUUGAUGAAAUAA